CGCUGCCGCCAUGGUGAAGGAGCAGUUCAGGGAGACGGAUGUGGCCAAGAAAAUAAGCCACAUCUGUUUUGGUAUGAAAUCUCCAGAGGAGAUGCGUCAGCAAGCUCACAUUCAAGUGGUUAGUAAAAACUUGUAUAGUCAGGACAACCAUCACUCUCCACUGCAGUAUGGAGUACUUGACCAUCGCAUGGGAACCAGUGAAAAAGACCGUCCCUGUGAAACCUGUGGAAAAAAUCUUGCUGAUUGUUUAGGACAUUAUGGGUACAUUGACUUAGAACUGCCCUGUUUUCAUGUUGGAUACUUCAAAGCUGUGAUAGGCAUCUUACAGAUGAUCUGCAAAACGUGUUGCCAUAUCAUGCUAUCAGUGGAAGAAAAAAAACAGUUUUUGGAUUAUUUGAAGCGACCUGGCCUGACGUAUCUUCAGAAGAGAGGACUGAAAAAGAAAGUAUCUGAAAAAUGCCGGAAGAAAAACACUUGUCCUUACUGUGGUGCCUUUAAUGGAACUGUGAAGAAGUGUGGUUUGUUGAAAAUAAUACAUGAAAAGUACAAGACAAAUAAGAAAGUCAUAGAUCCAGUAGUAUCUACUUUUCUCCAGUCCUUUGAAACUGCUAUAGAACAUAACAAAGAAGUAGAACCCUUACUGGGAAGAGCUCAGGAAAACUUGAAUCCUCUGGUAGUGUUGAAUAUCUUUAAAAGAAUCCCAGCAGAAGACAUCCCUCUGCUCCUAAUGAACCCAGAAGCAGGUAAACCUUCAGAUUUGAUCCUCACACGACUCUUGGUGCCUCCACUGUGUAUCAGACCCUCUGUGGUGAGUGACUUGAAGUCUGGCACCAACGAAGAUGACUUGACAAUGAAACUGACAGAGAUCAUUUUCCUCAAUGAUGUCAUAAAAAAGCAUAGGAUAUCAGGAGCCAAAACACAGAUGAUAAUGGAAGACUGGGAUUUUCUUCAACUGCAGUGUGCCUUGUACAUUAAUAGCGAGCUCUCGGGAAUUCCUCUCAACAUGGCACCAAAAAAAUGGACCAGAGGUUUUGUUCAGAGACUUAAGGGAAAGCAAGGUCGUUUUAGAGGCAAUCUGUCUGGAAAGCGGGUGGAUUUCUCUGGCAGAACAGUCAUUUCACCUGAUCCUAAUUUAAGAAUAGAUGAAGUAGCAGUGCCUAUUCAUGUUGCUAAAAUACUAACCUUUCCUGAAAAGGUGAACAAAGCAAAUAUUAAUUUUAUGAGGAAGCUUGUCCGUAAUGGUCCUGAUGUUCAUCCUGGAGCCAACUUCAUACAGCAAAGGCACACACAGAUGAAAAGAUUUCUGAAAUAUGGAAACCGAGAAAAGAUGGCCCAGGAGCUGAAAUUUGGUGAUAUUGUGGAACGACAUCUUAUAGAUGGUGACAUAGUCCUGUUCAACCGACAACCCUCUCUUCAUAAACUGAGCAUCAUGGCUCACAUCGCUAGAGUAAAACCUCAUAGGACAUUCAGAUUUAAUGAAUGUGUCUGUACACCAUACAAUGCAGACUUUGAUGGAGAUGAGAUGAACCUUCACCUUCCUCAGACCGAAGAAGCAAAAGCAGAAGCACUUGUUUUAAUGGGGACUAAAGCAAACUUGGUAACACCAAGAAAUGGAGAACCUCUUAUUGCUGCUAUUCAAGAUUUCCUCACAGGUGCCUAUCUUCUUACAUUAAAAGACACCUUUUUUGAUCGAGCCAAAGCCUGUCAAAUUAUCGCUUCUAUCCUGGUUGGCAAGGAUGAAAAAAUUAAAGUUUGUCUUCCGCCUCCAGCAAUUCUGAAGCCUGUAACACUCUGGACAGGAAAACAGGUUUUCAGCCUCAUUCUCAAACCCAGUGAUGACUGUCCUGUAAAAGCCAAUCUACGAACCAAGGGCAAACAGUAUUGUGGCAAAGGGGAAGACCUGUGUUACAAUGAUUCUUAUGUCACAAUUCAAAACAGUGAGUUAAUGAGUGGCAGUAUGGACAAAGGAACGUUAGGUUCAGGAUCCAAGAACAACAUCUUCUACAUCUUGCUGAGAGACUGGGGGCAGGUAGAAGCUGCGGAUGCCAUGUCACGACUAGCAAGACUUGCUCCUGUCUAUCUUUCUAACCGUGGCUUUUCAAUUGGAAUUGGUGAUGUAACUCCUGGGCAGGGCCUGCUAAAAGCUAAGUAUGAGCUCCUGAAUGCUGGCUAUAAGAAAUGUGAUGAGUAUAUUGAAGCUCUGAACACUGGCAAGCUACAGCAGCAGCCUGGUUGUACUGCAGAAGAGACACUAGAGGCCUUAAUCCUUAAAGAACUCUCUGUUAUCAGAGAUCAUGCUGGCAGUGCCUGUCUCAGAGAACUAGACAAGAGUAACAGUCCCCUUAUCAUGGCGCUCUGUGGUUCUAAAGGCUCCUUCAUUAAUAUAUCCCAGAUGAUUGCUUGCGUAGGUCAGCAGGCUAUCAGUGGGUCCCGAGUUCCUGAUGGAUUUGAGAAUAGAUCCUUGCCUCACUUUGAGAAGCAUUCUAAGCUCCCAGCAGCAAAAGGCUUUGUUGCUAAUAGUUUCUAUUCUGGGUUGACUCCCACUGAAUUUUUUUUUCAUACAAUGGCUGGUCGAGAAGGACUGGUUGAUACAGCUGUAAAAACAGCCGAAACUGGAUAUAUGCAGAGGCGGCUGGUAAAAUCACUUGAAGAUCUUUGCUCACAGUACGAUUUGACAGUCAGAAGUUCUACUGGUGACAUUAUACAGUUUAUUUAUGGAGGAGAUGGCUUGGAUCCUGCAGCCAUGGAAGGGAAGGAUGAACCGCUGGAAUUCAAACGAGUUCUAGACAAUAUCAGAGCUGUAUAUCCAUGCCGAAGUGAACCAGCCUUGAGUAAAAAUGAAUUGGUGUUAACUUCUGAGUCUAUCAUGAAGAAGAAUGAAUUUCUUUGCUGCCGAGACAGUUUUCUGCAGACAUUAACUGAGACAGGUUAUGAAAAAUAUAAUGAGGAAAUUAAAAAAUUCAUCAAAGGUGUUUCUGAGAAGAUAAAAAAAACUAGGGACAAGUACGGCAUUAAUGACAAUGGCACAACAGAGCCUCGAGUUCUGUAUCAGUUGGAUAGGAUUACUCCAACACAACUAGAGAAGUUUCUAGAGACUUGCAGGGACAAAUACAUGAGGGCACAGAUGGAGCCUGGUUCUGCAGUAGGAGCUCUUUGUGCACAGAGUAUUGGUGAGCCUGGCACACAGAUGACUCUGAAGACUUUCCAUUUUGCUGGUGUUGCUUCAAUGAACAUCACUUUGGGUGUGCCAAGAAUCAAAGAAAUCAUUAAUGCUUCAAAGGCUAUUAGCACCCCUAUUAUAACAGCACAGUUGGACAAAGAUGAUGAUCCUGAUUUUGCCCGUCUGGUUAAAGGAAGAAUUGAAAAAACUUUAUUAGGAGAGAUUUCAGAAUAUAUUGAGGAAGUGUUUCUUCCAGAUGAUUGCUUUAUCCUAGUGAAGCUGUCUUUAGAGCGCAUUAGACUACUGAGACUAGAGGUGAAUGCAGAGACUGUGCGCUACUCUAUUUGCAUAUCAAAGCUCAGAGUAAAGCCUGGGGAUGUUGCUGUCCAUGGAGAAGCAGUUGUAUGUGUGACCCCUCGUGAAAAUAGCAAGAGUUCAAUGUAUUAUGUAUUGCAGUCCCUGAAGGAAGAACUGCCAAAGGUUGUAGUGCAAGGUAUACCAGAGGUUUCCCGAGCUGUCAUUCAUAUUGAUGAACAAAGUGGAAAGGAAAAAUACAAACUUCUAGUUGAAGGUGAUAAUCUGCGAGCUGUCAUGGCUACUCACGGAGUGAAAGGAACAAAAACAUCCUCUAACAACACUUACGAGGUAGAGAAGACACUAGGAAUUGAAGCUGCUCGGACAACCAUUAUCAAUGAGAUUCAGUAUACAAUGGUGAACCAUGGUAUGAGCAUUGACAGGAGACAUGUUAUGUUGCUGUCUGAUCUAAUGACUUACAAGGGUGAAGUGCUGGGCAUUACUAGGUUUGGACUGGCAAAAAUGAAGGAAAGUGUGUUGAUGCUGGCUUCUUUUGAAAAGACUGCAGACCACCUCUUUGAUGCUGCCUACUUUGGACAGAAGGAUUCUGUUUGUGGUGUUUCUGAGUGCAUCAUCAUGGGAAUUCCAAUGAAUAUUGGAACAGGACUUUUUAAACUGUUGCACAAAGCAGACAAAGAAUCAACCCCUCCUAGGAGGCCACUGAUAUUUGAUAAUAAUGAAUUUCAUAUUCCCAUUGUUACAUAGCACUUGGACCAUAGUACAAG